UUGUAGCUUGGUGUUUCCUUAAAAUCGCGAUUCGCUGACUAAACACACAUUUCGUAUUUCCAUCAAUAUGUGACUGUGUAAUCUCAGAAAAUACCCGUUUUGCUUGGCACGGCUCUAACGACCACGGGACGGGGGAGUUCGAGGAUGAAGGGACGUGUUGCGCAUGCGCCGUGAUCAACAUCAACAUCACGGAGAGAAAGGUGAUGGCGGAUGAUGGAAGGGAAGAGUCGCUGGGGACUGACGAUGAUUCAGACCAAACGGGAGCGGAUGGCAGCUUGAACAACACUAUGGUGGAAGAGGGCUCGACCCUCAUGCGCAGGAUGGAGAUCUGCGUAGCUGAGGCCGAGAAGAGGAGCGGCAAAAAUGCAGUGAGCAUGCAGGAGACGUUCACUGUGUACCUGAUCGAAACAAGGCCAAUGGAUGCAGUCGCUGAAGGCCAUAACCCAGCCCCCGACUGCCUGUGGAGGAGGUACAGUGAGUUUGAACUGCUGCGGAACUACCUGAUAGUUACCUAUCCGUACAUUGUGGUACCUCCUCUGCCUGAGAAGAGGGCAGAGUUUGUGUGGCACAAGCUGUCUGCAGACAACAUGGACCCUGACUUUGUGGAGCGACGCAGGGUUGGACUCGAGAACUUUCUUCUUCGUGUGGCUUCUCAUCCAGUCCUCUGCAAUGACAAGAUCCUCUGCUACUUCCUCACUGAGGAGCAUGGCUGGAAAGAAGCGGUGUACGAGACAGGAUUUCAGGCAAAGGCUGAUUCCAGGCUCAGGGCUCUCAGUGCCACCUUCAGAGUGAGGAAUCCAGAUAAAUGCUUCAUGGAGAUGAAGCAUUACAGCGAUGAGCUGCAGUCUCACACAUCUCAGCUGCUCCGAGCACGAGCAAGGGUUGCUGACCGACUGUACGGUGUUUUUAAAGUUCAUGGAAACUAUGGACGAGUCUUCAGUGAGUGGAGUGCCAUUGAAAAAGAGAUGGGAGAUGGACUGCAAAGUGCGGGUCAUCAUAUGGAUGCAUAUGCUGCUUCAAUAGAUGAUAUCCUAGAAGAGGAGGAACACUAUGCAGACCAGCUGAAAGAAUAUCUUUUCUAUGCCGAAGCUCUGAGGGCAGUGUGCAGGAAACAUGAGCUGACCCAGUUUGAGCUGGAGAUGGCCUCGCAGGAUCUCAUCUCGAAGAAGCAGCAGCGUGAAGAGCUGGCUACAGGGAUCGUGCGGACAUUCUCCUUCAAAGGCAUGACCAACAAGCUUUUUGGACAAGAAGCACCUGAGCAGAGGGAGGCCAGGCUGAAGCUGCUGGAGGAUCUGAUAGCAGAGGGUGAAGAGACUGUCAAGGAGAAAACGAUUGAGCGCGCAGAGCACGUGGAAAAGGCCUGGGUGGAUAUCCAGCGCUUCAAGGAGCAGAAAGACAAAGACCUACGGGAAGCUCUCAUCAACUACGCUGUCAUGCAGAUCAGCAUGUGCAAGAAGGGAAUCCAGGUUUGGAGCAAUGCCAAGGAAUGUUUCCUCAAGAUGUGAGGCUGAGGAAAUAUCCCGAAGAUUUUCUCCCUCUAGGAUGAUUCUGGGAAAACGACGCCAGGCGGUGGAUCAUUCAAAGACCUGAACACUGGAGUGUAAUAUUCCCAGACUUAACUGAGACGUUUUUCUAACUUUAAACUGGUGCUUUGCUUCUUUCAGUUUUUAAAGCUGGAUAACUGCUGAUGGGAUGAGUGAGUAUGCUUUGGGGCAGAUAAAGUCAUGUUUGGCAAAGAAAUGUAAGAAUACGUGGUGUUUAGAUCCACACAUAAACCUUGGUGGAAUCUCAGGCACCUUUGUUUUAUCCACUUUAUGAGUUCAAAUUCUGCAUUGGACCAUCCCAUAGGUUUGAUUUAUGUUGAAACCUUUCAACUGAACCAAAGUGCAGUUUGUUUCAUUUUUGUGAAAGUAAAGUAGCAUAAACAUAGUGAAACGAUAAAGUAACUUCACCUGAUAACUGAUGAUUCCAAACCUUCCCCUGGAUUUUGUGCCUUUUGAAGCAUUUUUAAUGUUUGUGUGACACAGACUGAGGUUGGAUGAGUGAAAUACAAGAAUAUUAUUGAUGUGCUUUUAAUCACUAACGAGCAGCUGUGUCUUUAUGUAGCGCUUUUGCAGUUAAUGAAUGCAGCCUGCUAACUAAGCUUGCUACUCGUAGUUGCAGCAUUCCUCGCAUUCCAGUCUCUCUUUUUUCUCCGUUUUUCUACAUGGAAGCAGAAAAACAUCAAAAUCAGUUGAUUUUAUCUACAGUCUUGAAUAAAUGUUUACAGGGAUGUGUAUUUUGCCAUGUGGAAUAAUAAAACUACAGCUCACACUGCUAAAGUUGCCUUUCCAUCAUGUCAGACAUUCCUGUCAUAUAUCUCUCAUUAUAUCUCAGUGGGGACCAGUGCUACCAGGCAACAGUGUGUCAUGUUUUUUCUUGGUCUGAACCAACUGAACUACACGUGUGAAGGGAGCUGAUUGGUCAGAAUAUUGAGGUUAUAUAAAGCACAUGUAUUGGACUAAUGAAGCCAGAGUCCAUGUUGUACUGUACAAAUACAAAAUGUUAAUUUUAAAACAACCAAAGUCACAUUACGUUUUCUCUUGCUCUGUCUGUAAAAGGAAGAGGCUGCAGGAUGUUGAAGUAGCGACAACACAUACGUGCUUAACAAUUUAUUAGACCACCACCCAAUGUGAGGUGUGUGCCACAGCUAACGGGUAGAUUAACGACUAAUUACCGAAAUCCUUUUUAGAUUUCUGCUAUGGUUAAUGCACACGUAUGCACAAGCUCUUUAACUGAAACAAUCGUUUUUAAUGCUGAUAUAUUUUUUUUUUUCCAUGAAAUUUUAAACUAAUAUUUUUUUCCAAAAGAACAACCAAAAAAAUGUUAAAUACUAAAAUUGUCAACUAAUUUUUUGACAAUGCAAAAUUGCAGUUAUUCACUUUUGUUCCUUAACAGAAAAAAUGUUUUAUUGUUUGAAUUUGAUGCUUAAUACAUUUGUACGUUCCUGCGCUGGCUCAAAUUUAUGACAGGUCUAAUAAAUGUGUUGAGCUCUGUAUGAUAUCCCUCUGGGAUCAAUAAAGUCUCUCUGAUUCUGAUCUAACGAUAUCUUUGACUGAAACUCUCUGAAGGUUUUCUCUUUUGUUAUUUAAACGACAUGUGAUUUGUUGGAAAUGCUUGCCAGCACUAAAAGCUUUGUGAGUGCGAUGUUUCCUUUUGAAGCUGAGUGAAGGUGUAGCCCCUGUUUGGUCUGUUUGAAUAAAAAGGGUUGACACUGCAAA